UAGAUCUGUUUUAUGCUAAUCUAUGGCAAGGAAAAGCAAGUCAAAUAUGUCAGAGUUGUAUUUAGAAGAAAAUAAGGAUCAGAUAUAUGAAAAUGCCCUUGCUGAGAUCCAGUCCUUCGAGCUGCCUCUUGGAACCACGCUAAGGUCUGUGUACGAUGACCAACCAAAUGCCCACCAGAAGUUUAUGGAAAAUCUAGAUGCCUGCAUACGUAACCAUGACAGGGAGAUAGAAAAGAUGUGCAAUUUUCACCAUCAGGGCUUUGUGGAUGCUAUUACAGAACUUCUUAAAGUUAGGGCUAAUGCAGAAAAACUAAAGGUCCAAGUUACUGAUACCAACCGAAGGUUUCAGGAUUCUGGAAAAGAGGUGAUAGCCCAAACAGAGGAGAUCAUCCGAUGCAGAGUUCAGCAGCGGAAUAUUACAACAGUCAUUGAAAAACUACAGCUCUGCCUUCCAGUGCUGGAAAUGUACAGCAAACUAAAAGAACAGAUGAAUGUAAAAAGAUACUAUUCUGCUUUAAAAACAAUGGAACAGCUAGAAAAUCUGUAUCUUCCUAGAGUUAGCCAGUACCGUUUUUGCCAAAUAAUGAUGGAAAAUCUUCCAAAACUGCGUGAAGAAAUAAAAGAAAUUUCCAUGUCAGAUCUCAAGGAUUUCUUAGAGAGCAUUCGAAAGCAUUCUGAUAAAAUUGGUGAAACUGCAAUGAAGCAGGCACAGCAGCAGAAAACCUUUAGUACGACUCUUCAGAAACAGAAUAACGUAAACUAUGGUCGGAAUAUGCAUUUAGGUAAAAACAGAAUUUGGGAGUCCAAGAAUGAAAUUACAUUGAAGAGAACGUUUGAGGAAGAAGAUGAGCAUGAGGAAGAGGUUUUAACUGUUCAAGAUCUUGUAGACUUUUCUCCAGUCUAUAGGUGUUUGCAUAUCUACUCAGUUUUGGGUGAUGGAGAAAUAUUUGAAAAUUACUACAGAAAGCAAAGAAGGAAACAAGCAAGAUUAGUUCUGCAGCCGCAGUCAAGCAUGCAUGAAACAGUAGAAGGCUAUAGAAGAUACUUCAGUCAAAUUGUAGGUUUCUUUGUAGUAGAAGACCACAUCUUACAUGUGACCCAAGGACUGGUGACCAAGACGUAUACUGAUGAACUCUGGAACAUGGCUCUUUCAAAGAUCAUUGCUGUCCUUAGAACCCAUUCAUCAUAUUGCAGUGAUCCUGACCUUGUUUUGGAACUGAAGAAUCUCAUUGUAGUGUUUGCUGAUACUUUGCAGGGUUAUGGUUUUCCUGUCAAUCGUUUAUUUGAUCUCUUAUUUGAGAUAAGAGACCAAUACAAUGAAACAUUACUUAAAAAGUGGUCUGGAUUGUUCAGGGAUAUUUUUGAAGCAGACAACUACAGCCCUAUUCCUGUAGCAAAUGAAGAGGAAUACAAAAUAGUUAUAAGCAAAUUUCCUUUUCAAGAUCCAGAACUUGAUAAGCAGUGCUUUCCAAAGAAGCUUCCAAUGUCUCAGUCAGUGCCUCAAAUUUAUAUCCAGGUUAAGGAAUUUAUUUAUGCAAGCCUUAAAUUUUCAGAGUCACUUCACCGAAGUUCAACAGAAAUAGAUGAUAUGCUCAGAAAAUCUACAAAUUUGCUGCUAACCAGAACUCUAAGUAGUUGCUUACAGAACCUAAUUAAAAAACCUCACAUAGGUUUAACAGAGCUUGUUCAAAUCAUCAUAAACACAACACACCUGGAACAAGCCUGUAAAUACCUUGAGGAUUUUAUAACUAACAUUACGAGUGUUUCCCAGGUGACUGUUCACACUGCAAGACUUUAUGGACUUUCUACAUUUAAGGAUGCAAGACAUGGUGCAGAAGGAGAGAUAUACACCAAACUUAACCAAAAAAUAGAUGAAUUUAUUCAGAUUGCUGAUUAUGAUUGGACAAUGUCUGAAUCGGAUGGAAGAGCCAGUGGAUACCUAAUGGACCUUAUUAACUUUUUAAGAAGCACAUUUCAAGUUUUUACUCAUUUGCCUAAUAACAACAAUGACCAUGCAGCUAUGUCGGGAAAGGUGGCCCAGACAGCUUGCAUGUCAGCCUGCCAGCAUCUCUCCACAUCCCUAAUGCAGAUGCUACUGGACAGUGAAUUAAAACAAAUAAGCAUGGGAGCAAUUCAGCAGUUUAAUUUAGAUGUGAUACAGUGUGAAUUGUUUGCUAGUUCUGAGCCUGUGCCGGGAUUCCAGGGAGACACCCUGCAGUUAGCUUUCAUCGACCUCAGACAACUCCUGGACCUCUUCAUGGUGUGGGACUGGUCGACCUACCUCGCUGAUUACGGGCAGCCCACGUCCAAGUACCUGCGCGUCAGCCCCAGCACGGCCCUCGCGCUCCUGGAGAAGGUGCACAGAGGAAUGAAAGACACUAGCAAAAAGAACAAUAUUUUUGCUCAGUUCAGGAAGAACGAUCGUGACAAGCAGAAGCUGAUAGAGACCGUAGUAAAGCAACUUAGGAGUUUAGUGAAUGGUAUGUCCCAACACACAUAGAUCUGUUAAAUCAGCUACACCUCAUCAUGCCAAGAGGUAUUUCUUAGCUGCUCUUUCUAGUGAGCAAACCGUGAUAUUGGUUAGGACGUUGGUUGCAAGCCAUUAAAGGCAAAAUGCAGUGGGUGACUUGUACACAGCGUCUUUGGUAAACAGUUCUUUGUAUGUAUUUUUAAUGGAUUGAAUGCUAUUUUAUAUAUUGUAAACAAAUGGUGAAAAAUGAGGUUGUACAAUAAAAAAGAUCAAUCAUUGUACAUGGAACAGCUGAACUGUAAAUAUUAUUUAAAUAGAGGUAGACUGGAUGUCCAAAAUCUUGCUCCGAGUAGGAAUUAUUUGCCAGAUGAUCCUUACUUACUGUUUUCUGGAUAAAUCCUUAUUUAUUGGGUUUUUUUU